AUGCCUAGGCCAGUUUGCAAACCUCUAGGCAAGCCAAGGAGGAGACCUAGCACUGAGAAGCUUUGUUAUGCAGCCCCAGCCAAGCCCCAUGCUGGACCUUUUCCCCCCAAGCCCAAAGAUAUAGACCAUGAUACAGAACUGUAUCAUUUGGAGCUCAAGACCAUACCUGAACUCAACCUAACCCAUAUUUGGGAACAGGUCAUGCAAGCACACAGCCCGCUCAACUUGGGAGAUCAAGAGCUUUGCUCCAAAGGCUCUCAUUCACACAGCACGCAUACCUCAAAGAUGCAAUUGGAUUUGUUGGAGCUUGGAGGAAGUGACUUGGAUGAGUUGGCAGAUGUGGACAACAUGGAAUACAACCCUGCAACAUAUGGAUUACUGCCCAAAUUGUUCAUUCAGGAGCAAUUGUUGGUCAAGGUUGCUAAACUGGCUCAAACAACCAUUGGCCCAGAUGAUCUAGAUACCAUCUGGGACUUUAAUUUUUUUGUUAGGGAGAAGACUGCUCCAAUACUUAUUAUUAUCUACAACUUCCCCCCUGAAAUCCAAACACACCUCUCCAACAUGAUAUGCACCAGCAUUAUUCCUGGUCCCCACUCCCCCAAAGACCUCAACUCCUUCCUCCAGCCGCUAAUCAACAAACUUGUGGAGCUGUCUCAAGGUGUUGAGGCCAUAGAUGUGGUUAACAAAGAGGUUUUUGCUCUUUGUGCGCAUAUUCUUGCAGCGUUUGGAGACUUACCAGCAAUUGCAAAAUUGAUGGAGUUUGUAGGCCAUAAUGGCCGCUUCCCUUGUUGCUUAUGCAAGAUUGUGAAUAUUCUUGGUUGCACAGCCAAGAAUACAUCCCAUCUGUAUUGCCCACUCUAUUGUUCAGACAACACUGGACUUGACCCCUACAAACUCCCACUCUGCACUCACAAGGAGUGCCUUAAAGAUGGAUACAAUGUCCUCCAAGCUCCAAACAACACUGCACAGGCCAACUUAGCAACUGAUUGCAGCAUCAAGGGUGUGACGUUGUUGGCUAAACUCUUGUCAAUCUGGAUCCCCAACUUUUUCCCUGUCAAAGCUAUGCAUCUUGUGUGGAUAAACUUGAUCCCUCAGCUUGCAGACUUAUGGCACAAAAAAUUCAAUGGAAUUGAUUCUGGAUUUGAGGAUUACUUGAUCAACACGCUUGUCUGGAAUUCUAUGGGGGACAUAUACCAACCAAAUAUUCCUAACCCCCAGGCCAAGGCACUCACUGUAACUCCUGAACUACGCGCACAGAUCUCCAAGUACUUGGCAACCACCUAUGAAGUACAAAUUGGAAAGAAAUUAGCUCUAGAGCUGAUUCCCAAUACACUCCAACAAUGGGGCCAAAUGCAAAUCACCCAGGGAGGCAACUUGAUUCAAGCACAAGGCUACCAUAAGCUACAAUGGGACAGCUGCAACACAUCAUUUGUUUGGUAUGAACUGCUGGCCAAUCAACUUGCUCAUCUUCCAAGAGCAACACCCAACUUUGUCCCAACUUCUUAUUAUGGUCAGCUUCAAUAUUUGUUUAAGUUGCCCCUAAAGCCCAAAAGUGUUGUCAAUCCGUCAAAGGAUGGAUCCAAAUAUCUCAUUCUCGCAUUCAUCUUGGAGGCACCAGUGGUUAUUGAAAAAGCUUAUGAAUACAGGGUCACAUGGUACAAGGGAAAGUUGGGAAGUGGGGAAGUGGUCAACGCCCUAACCAUACAGUGUACUAUUGGACAAAUUCAAGACAACAAGCGUUGGUGGAUCAUUGAUAGGAUUUACACUUGCUACGCGCUGGAUGAGCAAUCGCCUGGAAAUCCAACCCUAAUUCACGCAUCCAACCCCAGUGCUCAAAUCCGAACCCCUCAAAUAAGCCCGACCCCGACGCAGAAUGUAAAUCCGACCCCCGGCCACGAAUCCGGCCUCUCCGAAAAUGUCCGACCCCUAACAAACCCAAGAACCCGACCCCCGAGCAGAAAUCCGACCCCUCGAGAAAUUCCGACCCCUGGGGAUUACAGACAUCCGACCCUCGAGAAAAAGUCCGACCCUUGA